AUGCCCCCAUUCAUAAUGAUGAUGGCAGAUCUAGAGGAGGCGGGACCAGUUGAUGAGUCCGUCCUGACAGAGCAGCAUCUCCAUAGGUCUUCAUUUAUCACGACUGAGGGAUAUCGCGGGGUGCAGUUCAUAGAGCAUGGCCGCAAAUUAAACCAGUGGGAGCUUGAUCAUCCAGCAGUGCUAGAUUUGCUACGACAGUCUGGAUUUUAUUAUAUUUCUCGACUUAGGCGUCUACAGCUGGAUCAGGCAUUAUUAGGAGCUUUGAUCGAGCGAUGGAGACGGGAGACCCAGACAUUUCACUUCCGCCACGGUGAGAUGACGAUUACACUUCAGGAUGUGGCGGUUAUUUCGGGUCUUCGUGUCGAUGGAGCGCCGGUCACUGGGACUACAGUGUAUCCGUGGCCAGAUAUUUGUCAGGCGCUUUUAGGGGUUGUGCCGGAUGACAUCCGAGCUGGGCAGAUUAGAUUAGAUUGGAUAUACCAGCAGUUUCAUCAUCUACAUUUGGAUGCUCCGGCUGGAUUAGUUGCAGCCACUGCACGUGCAUAUAUAUUAUAUCAGAUUGGCUGCAGUCUAUUUCCAAACCCCACCGGAUAUAGGGUUCAUCUUAAGUGGCUCCCACUUAUAGCGGAUUUUGAUGCAUGCGGCGGUUUAGCCUAG